AUAGUUGGUUUCAUUGGAAACAGGCUUGUCAUAUUUCUGACAGGCUGCAGAAUGAAGACGACAAUCAACCCUAUUUGGUUUCUCAACUUGGCAAUUGCAGACUUCAUCUUCAUAUUAUCCAUAAUGAUAUUACUUUUUCUUAGGUACUCUUUGUCCUUAAUGUUCAUUUCAUCCAUGACGAUGGCACUAAAUAUGUUUGCUAGCAUUUAUUUUCUUGUAGUCAUCAGUCUGGACCGAUGUCUGUGCACAUGGAUGGUUGUUUGGGCUCAAAAUAACCGAACUGUACUGAGAGCCAGGAUCAUCUGCGUGAUUGUGUGGGUUUUAUCCAUCAGCUUCAGCAUCCCUUUGUUCACUAUGAAUGUGUUUCCUACUAAGUUUCUGGUCACAUAUAUAUUUUUAGUGAGCUUUCUCAUCCUCUUCCCAAUCAUAGCAUCUUCACACAUUGCUGUUGGAGUACGAAUCAAACGACUCAGAAUAGGGAAGCAGCACAGGUCGUACGGGGUCAUUAUCGCUAUCAUCCUGACUUUUUACAUAUGUUGGUUUGUAUUUUUGCAUUUUAUCCUGGGAUACACUGCACAAUUUUAG